GAUUCAUUCUCGAUUCGUCGUGGAUUCGGUGCCAAGCUCUCGUCCGAAGCUCGUCAGGAUGCGUGCUUACACAGUCUUCUACUCGGUGAUUCUCGCCUCAGUUUUGGAACAAAGUUUGGCCAAAAAGUUUGAAAAGGGCGCGCUCACUUACCUGCUGCUGAGGAAUCUCCAACAAAAGCCUCAGUCCGAGAUGAUGGUCAUGCUACCCGCCGGUGUAGAUGUCAACGAGCUGAAGACACCGAUGAUGAUGAUGGUGCUGCCCGUCGGUGGGAUGAAAGCCAUGCAAAUGAUGCCGACCAUGCCAGCUAUGCCGCAAGCAGGUGCGGAACAGAUGAAGCAGAUAAUGAUGAUGCAACAGCAACAACAGCAGCAGCAACAACAACAGCAACAGAUGAUGAUGAUGAGCCAGAUGAUGGAGAAUAUGAUGAUGGCUAAUGCCAUGAAGGAGGGGUCGAUGAGCAAAGGGAUGGAGAUGAAUGCCAUGAUGCCGUCGAACGACUCCACCGAUAAGAUGGUUGAAGCUCUGAGGAAACUCGAAGCUCAGCAUCAUGCCCGAGAGCACACGCAUGCGCAUGCCCCCGUUUUGGCGAGCCGUCACGCCGACGCCCACAUCCAUCCCUGA